AUGGUGUGUAGUGAGCUGCUUCCAUUAGAGGUAGUGCUGAGCUUGGCAUAUAGCAGCAGAGAUAGAUUCAAGCAACCUCUUCAAGUGCAUUAUUGCAAUCUCUCGACCAAGCUGAAUAGCAAAGUAGAGGAUCCAUUAGUAGCAAAGAGCAAGGAAGGAACUCUGGAUUACUAUGUCAAUGUAGGCUAUGCCAUCAAGACUUUCAGGGAGGAGCUGCCUGUUCUGUUCCAUGGAGAUCUGAGCUAUCAGAUAUACAGGAGAAUGAAAGGUCUCUUUGACAGCAUCUUUGAGUACAAACUGGACAGUAAAGGAAAGAUUCAUGAGCACAAGAAUGCUUUUCAAGUCGAUCUGGAUGGAAACCUUGAGCGCCUGGCAGCCUUUGGACAGCACACUAUUGUGAUCAGAUGGUCUGUUCACGAUUCCACAAGUGCUGUGGGAAGUCUCUUUGACGGCAUCUUUGAGUACAAACUGGACAGUAAAGGAAAGAUUCAUGAGCACAAGUGCAGGAUGAAAGAAGGCGGAUGA